CCAUUGCAGAUCAUGCAGAAUCUUUUGCUCACGUUUUACGUGCGGAUGAAGGCGCAGAGUACGAUCAAGUCAUUGAGAUCAACUUGUCUGAAUUAGAACCACACAUCAAUGGGCCAUUCACACCCGAUUUGGCUACUCCUUUGAGUAAAUUUAAAGAUGCUGUUGAAAAGAAUUCAUGGCCUGAGGACUUAAAAGUUGGUCUUAUCGGUUCAUGUACUAACUCCUCGUAUGAGGAUAUGUCUCGUUCUGCGUCAAUCGCGAAGCAGGCUGUCGAUCGUGGUCUUAAAGCCAGGUCUAUAUUUACUAUUACACCUGGUUCUGAACAAAUCCGUGCAACUAUCGAGCGUGAUGGACAAGAAAAAAUUUUAAAAGACGCUGGCGGAAUCCUUCUGAAUAAUGCUUGCGGUCCUUGUAUAGGACAAUGGGAUCGUAAAGAUAUUAAGAAAGGAGAAAAGAACUCCAUAGUAACUUCUUAUAACAGAAAUUUCACUGGACGUAAUGAUGCAAAUCCUGCCACCCAUGCUUUU